AUGAAGAUCAUCAUAGUCAUUCUUUUACUCACCUGCAGAUUAUGCAGUGGUGUAGAUCCUCCUGGUCUUAGCGGUAAAGAAGCAGAUGUUAAAAGUGGACCUAAGGAGACUAGACCGAGACAAUCACCUCUAUCAUCUCCAUCCGGUGGUUCACAUGCCAAUAGACACGGUCCUAAUGCUCAAAGGACUCCACCUCCUAGAUCUAGAGGACUCAGGGAUACAACAACAAGAGGCGCUUUCCCAGGAGUAAAACCUACUGUCACACAAACUGCAGUUGGAAGGGGUACUACUAAAGUAGCCGUAAACUCCAAGCAUAAUACUCGUCCAGACAUUGAGGAUAUUGGCGAGGACCUGGAAGAAGAUUUUAAACAUGUCAAGGCGUAUCAUGAUAAUAGACAAGAAACUACAAAGACUACUCCUGAGACUACCAGUACUAUGGAGCCUAAAGAACCUUUGGAGUACAAGAUGGACAUGACCUUGGUUAGUGUAGAAAAGUCUACUGAGGGAACUCUUUCAGUGGUUACCUAUACAGUCAAGAAAGACGCUCAUUUACCUCUACUCCUGCAUGAUAAUAAGCUUGUUUGGAAGGGUAUAGACAGUAUGAGUAACAAGGACACCCUUGUAAAGGCAACGGUAUACCUUGGAUCUGGUGGACCACUAGUCACCAAUUUGACCUACAAGAGAGUCACUGAGAGCACUACAAAGGAAUACUGUAAGCUUGUAAAGGAUAGAUGGACAUUUGUUGAUAAAGGUGCCCUUGAAAGGACAUUUGAGGAGGUAAAACUACCUGGUAAUGCUAAUGCAUCUGCUUAUAGAACAAAGGCAGACUCCACUCUCUUUGACAUACAGGUGGGAAAAUACGAGGGAAUACCAGUAUUAAACUGUACUGCUAAAAAAGGUGUAAAGGUAUCAAAACUUGUUUACGAUGGUAAAGUCGUAUGGCAAGCUGAUGGAAAUCAAUCCUGUUCAUCAGCCACUUUAUACUUUGGAAAGUCUGGUAUCAUUGGUGUAUCCUUUACCCAUAACAGUAGAGAAGAGACUCUCCAUGACUGUUUCCGUGUCUUUAGCAACGACGAAUGGGAGGGUGUAAACGGUGACUAUUAUGAAAGGGUACUUUAUGAAGCCAAGAAUCCAGAGACCUCUGUAGCUACUGCGUCUGAGAAUACUAAAGUCAAGAGCUUUAUUGACACCGCAAAGUUUACCGUAGUUAGUGACAUGGAGGAUAGAGUCCCAGUCCUAAGAUGUACAGCUGGGAAUGGUGCCUCUAAACUCACUUAUGGAUCUGACACAAUAUGGCCAGGGAAGAAUGAUGUGAUGUGUCUUUCAGCUCUCUUGUAUAUGGAUGGAGAGAAGCCCACUCUUGCAGUACUUGUCACCAGGGAUAAUAAGAACAAGGAAGGAAAAGUCUAUAGAUACCAUGAUGGUAAGCAGUGGAAAGAUGGUAAAGAAGAGGACCACAAGAAGAAGCUUGAGGAGCUAAAGAAGACUAUUGAGAAUAGGAUUAAACAACACCAUCUUCUAAUAGCUAGUAGAACAGUAGACAUUACCAAAUUUGAUGCCAACAAAGGCCAAUUAUUCGACUACACCGUUGAUAAUGUCCCCGUAAAGAUGUUUAUUCCAAAGGACAACGUUACAAUAAAUAGACUUGUGAAUGGCGGGGCUUACCUCUGGAGCACUGAGAAUGGCAAGUGUACUAUCAUAAUGCUGUAUCUCAAGGAUGAUAAACCGGCGUUACUUUACAUUGUCAGAUUCAUUCAGGGAGAGACUUACGGUGGUCUGUACAAGGAUGAAGAUGGUAAAUGGACAGAAACUGAAGACUUUGAUUACGAAUUCAAGAAGAUAAGGACAGCGCCUACAUCCUCAUCUCAAUUUGCUCUUGACAUUUCCUCAACUUCUGAUACUACUGAAUGCAGAAUAUUCCAAGCUCCACUAUAUGGAAUAAACACUCGCUUCUACUCUCCCAAUAGUGGUCAUUAUGCAUCCUCUAUUGCACUUAAUGGAGUAUCCAUAUGGACUGCUGAAAAAGGAGAGAGAUGCACCUUUGUGACAUCAUAUCUCAAGGGUGGACAAGAACACUUGUUCCGUAUGACAGUCAAGAACGCCAAGGAUAAAAGCUCCAUGAAGUACUUUGAAAACUAUGGCAAGGGAUGGAAGAGUAUAACUAAGGAUGAUUUUAAUACCAAACGUGACUCUCUGAAAAGUGAUGCUUAUAGACCAAAAAAUAUCAAAGAAAUCACUCCAGUUUCUCAACCUGAUCAAAAGUCUACUCAAUCACCCGAUAGAGCUCCAGUAAAAGAGAUACUCCUUGACAUUGGUCGACCAGAUCCACAACGCUAUAGAUCAUUUGACUAUGCAAUAGAUGAUGUCCCAACUCGACUCAUAGUUGCAGUGAAGGAACAACCAAACAAGGUAGUAUUUGGACAAGAAACUGUAUGGUCUGAUGACACUGGAAGAUGUAGCUACUGUACCGUCCAUAUAAAGGAUAAGAAACCAGUACUAAUCUACAUGUCUGGAAGAUCCUUCUCAUUGUACCUACUAAAGACUGAUGGUGGAUGGAAAUCCAUUGAUCACUACAGUGAGGAGUUUGCCAAGCUUAGACUUGCCGUACCCUCAUCAUCUUCAUUCUCCCUUGACCUCUCUACUAACCAGGAUACUCCCAACUGCAGAAUCUUUGAGACACCCUUCAAUAAGGUAAACACUCGUUUCUAUGUUCCAAAGGUUGGAAAGUAUGCUACUAGUGUUUCUAAUGGACAAGCUGUAGUAUGGAAGGGUGGUCAGGAGAAAGCAAUCAUGGUGAGAGUAUACUCAUCUGAUAAUCCUACCUUGCUACACAUACUCUCUAAAGACACUGAUGGAACAUUCAAACACAGCUACCUUGUCAAGGGUGGUAGUAAAUGGGAAUCUAUUAACAAGGACGUUCAUGAUAGACUACUCUCUGAAAUAAAGGCUACUGCACCUGGUAGAAAGACAGACAUUGGUAAGCUCAGACAGGAACUGAUGGAGUCACAAGCCUCUCUGGAUAAACUGGUAGAGUCCAAGAAAUUUACAGACUGUGAUGGACCACAAGAUCCUUCCAUUCUUGACAUUGUCCAUUAUGAGGAGUCCAAUGCUUAUACAAUAACAAACUGUACACUGGAUGGUUAUCCUACUACAGUCUUUAUUCCUGACAAGGGUAGCAUUAAGAAGGUGGUCUAUGGAAGUCUUACAAUCUGGGAAGGUGCUGAAAAGGAGGAAUGUAAGUACUUAAUGGUCCACUACGUCUACAGUAUACCGGCAUUUGCAUACCUCAUAAAAGGGUCAGACAGGGAUAUAGAUUUAUACUUUGCCAACAAGGGGGAUAACUGGGAAGAGAUCCAGGUAGACUACGUUAGAAAACUUAAUGAACUUCGUAGGGAUGAACCAGAAUCUGGAGAUUAUGUGAUAGACAUUAAGAAUACUACUAGUGAUGAAAAGUGCAAGGUUUAUAGCUAUACAAUAGAUGGGCUUCUGACAUACUCAUACUAUCCGCAUCAAGAAGUUACAGUGAAUAAGGUAGUGGAGGGAAAUAAGAAAAUUUGGGAUGGAAAUUCAGGUGGUGGAAGAUGUCUUUACUUGGCAGUAAGUUAUUUUGAUGAUAAACCUGUGUUGGCAUAUUUUGUAACAUUGGAUGGAUAUAAACUUGAGUAUGUUUACUAUGAGAGGGAUUCAGAAAGUAUAUGGCUAAGCUGCUACGACUAUGACUAUCGACGCAAGUGGAAUAAUCUAAUUAAUAAGAAAGAUACAUCAGUUAGGGACAUGAAUAUAUCGUCUUCAGGACAGGAAAGACUUAAAAAGGUUGCACAUGUUAGAACUAUGGGUAAAGAUUCUAUAAUAAAUAUCCACAGUAGAUUUGCCCAUGAAACGUACAGAGUCAUAAAGACCUUCAUAAACAGUAUUCCUGCUCUCGUAUACGUUCCUGGACCGAGUUUUGACUUAAAUCAAACUAUCUUUAAGGAUCCUAAUCCAGUUAAUCCAAAAGGAAUCAAAAUUAAAAGCGUAUCUAUAUUUCUGAAGGACAAUGAACCCUCAAUAAUAUCUAUUUCAGGAGCUUGUGAGGAAAGGGUUUAUGAUGAGUAUCUGGAUUUUUCAGACACGAAAAAAAGAUGUGCAUUUACUGAUGUUGAAGAAUUAGAAUCCUACAAACACUCCAGGUUCAUCUUCUCACUGGAUAUAUCCCGUAGAGGAACUGAUGAAUGCAAAUUUGUAAGCUUCCAUAACAAUGGUGUUGUAACUCACUCCCACAUUGUUAAUGCUGGUUAUACAGCUAAUAUGGUUACUGAUGGAGUUAUAGUUCUUUGGAAGGGCGAUGCUGGUGAAAAGUGUUUAUAUACUCUCACUAGUUUUCUGGAUGGCAUUCCUAUCCUACUGAACAUUUUUGUGAGAUUAUCUGAUGGCAAACUGGAACAUUACUACUUCUACAACAAUGGGGAAUGGACAGUUGCUAGCAAUCUAGACUACAAAGCUAUACUGGAGGACCUUGUUGAUACCACUAAAUCUAAGUUGUCUGAGUCCAUUGACAGAGAUACCAGGGAAGUACUCACUCUAGAUGUCGCCAAGGUAGAUACUGGCAAGUAUACCAUGGAGACUACAAAGUUGAGAGUACUUACCAGCAUAAAGUAUAGUCCACCAGAGAACAGCCGUGUUACCAAGGUUGUCUUUGGCAGUGACUCUCUAUGGCAGACUCUCAAGGCUAGUGUCCAAUGUAACUUUGCCGUCAUUACCUACAGAGGAAUAUCCAUAGAACUCGUUCAACUGUGUAUUGUGGAUGGCUGCGAAAAGUAUAUGCACUUUGAGAUUGAGGAUGGUAGACUAAGUAGUAUUACAGCUGAGGAGUACAAUGAUGCCUUAUCAAGAUUAGACUCUGGAGAUGGUGAAUCUGAUGAAGACUUUGAAUUCAUUCUUUCUACCAUAGACACUCUGGAUCUCAUGACUCCAGCUGAACUGGACUUUGAAGUUGACAGAUUCCAGUUGGAUACACUCUCAUCUGCAGUCUACCUACCACUACCUAAACAUACCAUUGGCAGAGUAGUACUUGGGAAGGUAUUAUGGACAAGUGGCAACUCCAAGUGUCUCUACGUCAGUACAUUCUCCACGGAUGACUCAAUACAACUAGUCCAGAUAGUCACUGAGAAUGAGACCCUCCACUUUGGUAGACUUGACAAGGAACUUGCAAAGGUACCAAAGGAAAAGUAUAAUGAACUAUUUGAGAAACUAGGGUACAGACAAGUCGACCAAACUCCAUUCUAUGUUCCACUUGAGGUACCAGAUACACCCAGCACAAUCUCAUUGGAUGUCUCAAAGGCGCUGGACUCCAGAGUUAAAGCUGAAAAUGGCACCUUCAAUGGAGUCUCUUAUACUACCUUUUACACAUCAGAAGAGGGUGUUAUAGACAAGAUAUCCAGUGGAAAACCUACUGUAUGGGAACCUGAGGAGGAUGAGGUCUGUAUCUAUGGUCGUCUUUAUCUGGACAAUGGACCCAAGCUUCUCAAGAUCCGUACCAUAAGUGAGGAUGGAAGUAACAUUGUACACCUUGCAUUUGAUACUGACAAGUGGAUUUGUCUCAGUCAGGAUGUAUUCAAUGAUAGACUUAACUUGAUGGUCCUAAAGUUGACUGAACCACUUAACUUUGCCUUGACUACCACAACUGAUGGAUACUAUGAAUACACUUUCGACUUGAGUAGAUACCACCUAGACUCUAGAUUUAACUCUGGUUUCAUGACAUAUGGAGAUCACAAGUAUGCUGUUUGUACUCCCAAGAACGGUGCCAUAAAGAAGGUAGUUCAGGGUAGCAUUACCAUAUGGACUCCGUCUUCAGAUGACUACUAUGCCAACAUGGUACUCCUCUCCAGGGACACUCAUCUCUACAUUCUUGUUCAAUCACCUUUCAACAUUCCUGCCAUAUUGUCUUAUAAUCUGAAGAACAAUGUUUGGAAUAUGGUAAACCAUGAAGCCAUUUCUACUGACAUUACCAAGACACUACCAAUCCCAUCCUUUAGACUGACACUUGACCUAACUGGAAAACAUGACCCAGAGAAGUACAGAGUGUUUAAGAUGGACAUAAAUGGUGUUACUACCACAGUCUUCAUUACCAUAUAUGGAUACUAUUUUGACAAGGUGGUCUCUGGUAAGGACCUCAUUUGGCAGUCGUCUGAGAAUGAGGAAUGUAGGUAUCUCAUGUUCCAUGACAAGUCUGGAAAGAACCCAUUUAUAACAGUCUUUGUGGACUGUAUGGAUGAAUCCAAGUUCAUGGUCUAUGAGAUGAGGGACAAGUGGACAUUCUCCCACCAGUUACUUGGACCAAAGAAUGACCAUAAGACUACUACUUCUAUUGUAUUCAACCUAAGUGACAAGACUCCUCAGAAUGUGUACUUCUGUGACAACGUCUUCAAUGGUAUAGUACACAGAGCCUUCUCACCAUUACCUGGCUACCAUGUUCAGGAGGUAAAGGACACUGAGACUACCAUAUGGCAGACAGAGGAUAAGGAGCAAUGUAUAUUCAUUCUAUCUGUACCAGGUACUGAUAAGAGUAAAGUUCCACUACUAAGUCUCUUUAUAAGGAAUGAGGACUACUGUGGUUUCAAACACUUUGAGAAGACUGAUAAGUGGAGACAUAUUGAUGAACGUGGCUAUGACAAGAGACUCAUUGAGAAGAAGCAGGCUAACAAUGUGACUACUGCUGUUGCCAUAUCCAAUAUACCUCAGUACAAGAAUGCAGUUACCCUAGAUACAGCCAAUGUUGACCAUGAUAGGGUUGAUCUCCAUGAAGACUCCUUGAAUGAUACUAGACGUCUCUACUCUGCCAAGACUGGGGACUACUUUAAGGACAUUUUGGACAGUGGAAAGAGUGUUUGGAAGAGUGACAAGGACAAGUGUCUUACUGUAGCCAUUUAUGGCAAGGAGGAACUACACUGUCGUCUGGAUGUACUCUCCUCGGAUGUCAUAACCCCAAUGUACUUUUGCAGAAAGGCUGGCAACUGGUCUUCCACUAAUCACAAUACCUUCCAUGAGUGGCUAAGAAACUAUGUCAAGACUCCUAGAGUUAAACUUGAUCUGGAUAACUUGGACACCAACUUCUUUGAGAGCUUCAGGUAUACUCAGAACGGCUAUGAGAUACUGUAUGGAAGACCACUACCUGGUUAUGUACUAACCACUGUUGCUGAUGGUUCUACAGAAGUUUGGGAAGCUGGACAUAACCAAUAUGCCACAGAGUUCCAGAUGUCAAUCAUUGGUGACUAUACACUUCUGUCCAUCAUCAACCAUUCCUACCAGGUUGAGAAUCUCUGCUUCCUAAAGUCUUCAAACACUUGGUCACCUAUUGAUGAGGACGUAUAUGACCAGUAUCUAGUUCCCGUUAAUGACUCUACAAUCAACUAUCUAAAGUUUGAUCUAGAAAAGCCAGACUUUUCUAUCGUAGUCGGGCAUAAGGAUGUGAUGGGAGAUAUUACUAUACUAAGAUACACUCCGCAUCUUGGAAGGCAUGUUACUGCAGUUGUAUUUGGGGAGUCUACCAUAUGGUAUAGGAAGUACCAUGACGAAUACUGCAUUUCAGCUGAGCAUAUCACCAAGGGUGGUGCCAUGUUCAUUAGACUAUUCCUAAAGAUGGGAAACUCUUUUGAACAUCGCUACUUUACAAAGGUGGACAGUAAGUGGAUUACUCUUAGAGAGGAUGAAUUUAGGAAUAAGCUUGGUAUACAGAGUGUAGGUGUAAAGACUGAUGCAAAGUAUAGUCUACAGAGCAAUGAAUCUGACCCUAAUGUCUACACACUGAACAUUUCUGGAACCGUAGAUAGGGAUAAGAUUACUGCUACUGAGACUACAUACGAGGAUGUCAAGAGUGUUACAUACUCACCCAAGUUUAUUGCUGGAAUUGGAAAGGUAGUAGACUCUGAUAGCAUAAUUUGGAUGGGAGCUUCUGACCAAAAAUGUGUUACCGCCGUUAUAUCCUCAAAGGAAGGACAUGAUUCACUUGUUAGUAUCUCCAUUAACGUUGAUAUUGAGGUACAGUAUAAGUACCUGGUGAAGAAGGACAAGGAAUGGUACAUCAUUAGAAAGACCAAGUAUGAUGAGUUGUUAGCUACUAUGUACAGACAGUUUGUUGUACAUGCUGAUACUACUUUUGAUAAUCCCAUAACUCUAGAUAUAUCGACAAAGCCUACUGAAGAUAUUACUUUCUAUGAGUAUACUCAUAACGAGGUAACUUACAAGACCUUCAAACCAAAGGAUGAUAAAUCUAUUGUGGAAGUUAUGGAUGGUGGGAGUCAUGUAUGGAAGAGCUCAUCUGGAAGGUGUAUAGAUGCUUGGACCUACUCAACACCUUUUUCACAUCUAUGUCGUCUCGACAUUCUCUCCUCUGGUGUCAUCACUCCUCACUGCUUUGAGAAGAGAGGUAGUCUCUGGAUAUCACUGGAUUUUAGACUAUAUACAGAAAAGCUAAAGAAACUUGUAAUGUACAGAUCUACAAAUAUAAGAGUUGACUUUAGGGGAGUGUCCAGGGAUCUAUGCCAUGUAUUGGAUUAUUUUGACAAGCAUGCAAUCUCAACAACAAUAGUCCCUGAAUUUAGGACUACUAGUAUAUAUCAUGAUAAUAAAAAGAUAUGGGAAUCCCAUGGUAAACAGUGUAUAAAUGCACACUUCAUCACAUCUCCAGGCGGAGAUCUUGCCUAUAUUAAUGCGAAAAGCAGUAAUGGUGAUAUAUCACCUUCGUCCUUUUACUAUUCAUCCGGCAGCUGGUUUAGUACUAACUCGUAUACCUUCUCCGAUACUCAUUCAAAACUUCCUCCUCUUCCAAAAGACGUUUUCAGCGGUGAAUUGGUAGACACCACUCUUGACAUAAGGAAUGUGGACAAUACUUUCAGAAUUUACAACUACAGUGACAAAACAGUCACUAGAUUCGAGUAUCAAACACCUAUGAAUGCUAAUGUUACAAGGGUUAUAGAUGGAGUAAAGAUGGCUAUUUGGCAAGGUGAUGAGGAUGAUAGAUGCUUGUCAUGUGAAGUUUAUUCAAGGGAGGGCUACACUCCCAUAAUGAAGUUAAUAAUCACCAAUGACUAUGGUGUUUCUGUAAGCUAUUUUGAAAAGAGUGAUGAUAAAUGGAAUGAGAUCAAUGAGGAGACUUUUAAUCUUAGACUCGUAUCUUUAAGCAACAACUCGCGUUUACAGUUGCUAAAGGACAGACUUGUGGAUACGUCUGAAAAUUUAGAUGUAUUCGACAGAAAGACUUCUUAUACCUCAGAAGAAAUAAAUAUGCUCUAUUUAAACCAGUGGUUACUAAGUAGUGUACCUCAUUGGGUACUAGAACAGUUCAGGACCUUUUAUCCAGAGAAGAAGGGUUGGUUCUCUUGUUUCUCCUUUUGCUAA